AUGACGCUACGUCAAUGGACCGAGGAGCUGGAGGAGCUGCUGCUAGACGUGACCGGCCGCUUCGCCACUUGGUCCGAGCGAGCGCAAGAGAAAAUGCAGAGCCACUUCAAGGAGCUCUGCGAAUCGGUUCCAGUUGACGUUUCCAGUAGCCGCUCCGUGUCCUGGAGCGCCAAGUGGGUUGAGCUGCUGCUCACCGUCGACAGGAACACGCACGGAGAGUCGUACGAGGUGAAGACGGUGCUGUUCAACCACGCAAUCAAGGAAAAGGGGUGGACGUUCACGGCGUCACUGGAACAAGUGAAGAAGAAGCUUCUGGCAGCUACUAAUAGGAAGGGGUUGAACGCUACGGUUCAGUCGGUACUGCCGGUGCAGCCUAGGGUGGCGCAGACCGUGGAGGCUAGCCAGAUCAGUACCAAGCGCACGAGGCAGAUCAACAUUCGUGACCGGAACCCCAAGCAACAGAAAGUGGGGACGGCGUUGCUGUUGCACGUGCUGCUAACGGAAGUUGGUGGUGGUAAUGUGUUGGAUGAGAGCGACGAGGAGGAUUUCAGUCUCUCCAUGGACGAAUUCAGCGGCGUUGAAAGGAGAAAGGUUGGAGCUGCAGGUGCUUCUAGCGUUGUGGCGAGUUUGAGCCGUUCUGUUGCCACCAGUUCCAAGCCUGCUCCUACUGCCGCCAUGCCCUCGUAUCGUGACGACCAAGGCGGCUCUGAGCUUCCAAGUGAUGAAACUUCGGAUGGUACCCAGGAGCAGGAAGCCUCAGUUGAAAAGGCUGGGCGUACCAGUCAAACAAAAACUGGAGAUGGCGCUCGGACCGAUGUUCCGAUGGAAAAGAAGCGUGGCGUCGCGGAGCCGGGGGCUUCUGGAUGGGGCAAUAUGGCUGAUCACCUGCGCUCGCUGGUGAACAACAAGCUGAUGAGCGACGUGACUUUCCUUGUUGAAGAAAGCGAAGUAUUUGCUCACAGGUGCAUUUGUAUGCGCUGCGGUUACUUCAAGGGCAUACUUGCCGACGAGAUCGUCAACAAUAACGUUGGGCGCGUGGAUAUCUCGAGAUACAUCUACACAGACUCCCUCAACGUCGCUGAAGACAUGGUUAUGGAAAUGUUCACCGCCGCGGACCGUUUUGGCAUCGAAACUCUCAAGCAGCACUGCUCGAGGAGAUUGAUGAAGUCGGUGGGGGUCCACAACGUUGCGGAUAUUUUGCUGAUAGCUGAUGAACUCGGUCAUGCAUCGCUUCGAGACGAGUGUUUCGCCUACACGCUCCGCAAUCUGGAAGCUGUGUCGAAAACAAAGUCCUUCCAGGAGAUGGCACACAGGAACCCCAACAUGAUGGUGAAGAUAAUGCAGGAGCUGUCGAUUCGUGCCUGA